ACAUCUGACAGCAGAGGUUCCAGUGGUGACUUCAAGUAGGCACAACUAGCGCCAACCGUCAUUCUUUAAUUUCUCGGAAGAGUUUCAGUGUUUUCCUAGGCAUUUCCAGCAGAUUCUUGAGAAAACGCUAAAGUAAUAUCUACAAAAGAGAAGCUGAUCUGUGCAUCAUGAACGAUUUCGGUUGGAGUACUUGUAAUCCCGCCGAUGAAAGUUGCGGCAUUCGUGAUAUUGGCAAUGAUCUAUAUGAAUCAGUCCCGUUGUUGUCCCUGCAGGAGGAUGCAGUGGGAGACAAUCCAAGAGUAAACAGUCUUGCACAUGAAAAUGUGUUAUACAUUGCAAUUGAUCAUCAUUUUUGGAUAAUCUCUGAUAUAGAAUCAGGCACAGUUGAUUUCACCCAUAAAUUCAGUAAUACCAUUGAUGCAUUCACACUUGUUGAUGAUUUAUUGCUGGUGGGAUUGGGCAAUGGGGAAGUACAUCUUAUUAAUGUCCAUCUUAAAGAAAUAAUUGCUUCAUGUUGUGUUAAUGAAAAUGUCUGGUAUGGAGAUAAGUUCAUCAUUGGGAUGUAUCAGGAAGUGGUUGGCAGUCAAAUAUUUUUAGUCCUGACCAAAAAGGGACAAUUUUACAGAGUAUAUUUGAAUGAAGACACCAAAUCAUUACACUCAGAUCUUCUUGUUGAUAUUUCACAUAAUAUCACAACAGCUGCCUACUCAAAUGGACUUCUAUUAGCUGCAGGAAGCAAAUUAAUUGUCUAUGAUCUCUUCUUCAACAUGACUCAUGAGAUUGCAUGUAACAAUAUUAGCCUCAAGAGUGUCUGGCCAGCUUCCGAAAGCAUAUUUCUAGGUUUAAAGUCAGAUGGAACCUUGUGUCGCAUUUGUUGCAGUGUUUUGUUAAUAGCAGAUAUGCCAACAGAUGAAAGGAUUCAAGACAUGGUGUUUUAUAAUCACGUUAAAAAGUCUUAUCUGUAUUAUGUUACUGUGGAAUCUGAACCCAAAAUCAAAAUGGCGGAGUAUUUAUCAGAGCAGCAACAUGUUUUCAACACGGAUAUUGAAAAUUUCAUCCAUCUUGUCAUGAACCAACAUGAAGAUGACAAUCAGAUCUAUCUUGCAAGGUAUGAGAAUUGCAUUCGUUUGAAUAUAAUAAGAGAAACUAAACCAGAAGAUAGAUAUCAACGUUUAAUCCGCAAAAUGUUGUACAAAGAAGCCGAAAUUUUCGCACAGCAGUACAACCUGAGUCGCUUAGACAUCGACAAAGCUAAAGUGGCGAAUAUAGUAGAUAAAUGCGCUUGUACUGACGUAGAUAUCUCGGAAAUGUUGUCUUUAAUGGGCAAUAUUCCUGAUGUACACUUCAAAGUCAAAUCUUGCCAGAGUGCAGUUGCUGUUUGCGAAACAAUCGAAGGAAUCGAACGCAUUUUAUCAUUUCUCGCCGCUUUAAACUAUAAUGAGAUCAACGAUCGUCCUCUACAGUUGAUUCUUAACAGUAUGGUGACUAGUUUUGAUACGUAUAAGACUCUAGCACGGUGUGAAAAUGUUCAAAUGACUGUUAAUGGUUAUCAUCAUUUUAUUAGAAGCAAUUAUUUCGAGUAUUUGUGUGGGGCACUGCGUAAGCGUAAGAUAGAAUCGGCUAUCAUCAUUUUUUCACGUUUAGAUUAUAAUGAUUUUACUUGUGAGAACAUCACCAGCAUUCUGGGCAAUUUGAGCACGUAUAAUCUGGAUGAAUUUACUUCGUUUGCGUACACGAUGAUUCCUCUUACGCUUGUCAACUGUCCUGAUGCGUUAAAUAUUUGUGCUGAAGCUAUUAUUGCGAAAGUACAUGCGAUUGAACGCAAUCGCAGGGAAGAGGAGUGUUUCCCCGAGAGGACAAUCACAUUUGUUGAUGAAAUGCUGAGGAUUUUGAACGGCGAAACUGCAUUAAGGAUGCAGAUGUCCACCAAGGAGGAAGACGUCAAGGCUAUGGAUCUUAUCGAACAUUUAAUUAAUAUUUCCAAGUGUUUGAAUACUAUUCUUGAGCUGAAGAAUAAUUAUGACAUAUUUUUGCCGUUGCAAGAUUGUUUAGCGGGUCCUGGCGCAAUGCUGCGUUCGAUGUUGAGUAUGCGCAUUAAAUGUGUUGAGAAGUUCCUCAAGAAUUUCCUCAUUAAAUUCAUGGUGCGUAAUAAUUUCGACGCGGAUGCAGUUCUCGCGCAGGAAAUCGACAAAUUGUUAAAGGGUUCUGACGAUUAUUGGAUGUCAGAUGUCCCUCAAGUAUGGAAAUGUAUUAGCUCAACCACAACACAGCUUCAACUACUGCUGCGUAUUCUACGCGCUGCUCCAAAACCUUGGUGUGGUGAUAUUAGACAAAUGAUGAAUGAAGCUUUGGACUGGAAUCAUCCUCUUGUCACUGAGGUGCAGUGCGAGGCGAAAAACGAACCGAUUUAUAUUGUUUUGUAUCGUUCCGAGUAUGGACUACGGAAUGAAACAUUGAAGUCCAUUGCAGGAGAUACGUUUGCGAUACAAAGAAUUAUUUAUUGUAAUCUACCAACGAUGAUUCAAGAUGUCUACACGUUGUGCAGUACACCAGAGAGUAAAAACACUGCGAAUUUAUUACUUCUCUGCCAUUUUAUCGAUUCUGAUGACUUAAACAACGUUUUUGACUUGGUAAAUACUCAUAGUAUCGAAGAACGAAAACGAUAUCUUCCUGAUUUGUGCCACACUUAUUCCGAUGACAAUAUUCUACAUGACGCAGUUUUACGCCGCACUUUUAUCGAAUCAUUAACAUACAUCGCCGAAAAGUCUGAUUCUGCUUAUUUAUACGAAGAAAUGCUUGAUGCAUACAGAAUAAUCGAUGUUUUACCUUCACAUCUUUUAAGCAUGGAUAUAUUCAACAAGUGUCACUCGAAAACAGGUCGGCAGGAAGUUCUUAAUUCAGUUAUACGUGAAUUAAGUCUUGACACUGAAGAUUUUGAUGUGUUCCUAAAGCAGAGCAAAAGAUUUGCACGAGUUUUUCGUCUGCCACACACAAAAAUCAUCUUUGAGGUUUGUCUACUUGCGAAUGAUAUUAGUUUUAUAUACAAAUGUGCGUUGCAAAUCUAUGAAAACUCCACGGAUGUUGAAACGCUGUCUUUGACGACUGUUUUAAUCUUGCGUCAAAUUGGAAUUGAUCGUGAGGAUAUGCACGGUACUUUUUUCAAUGAUACCGUGCAGAAUGACGAUAUGGGUAAACCAGUAGAUGAAGAAUUAUUGUCGAAUUGUUUAAAAAUCGGGCGAAAUAUCUGCGCACGCUCUUAUUUAUUAUCCGACGGGGAUUUAAAAGUAGCCAGAGUGUUUCGUUGGGCGAAUAAUACCGUAAAUUUGAAGAAAACUGAUGAGAAUUCAUCAAAUAUCUGCACAAUGAACACUGUACAGAGUACAUUCAGCAUGUAUUGCGAAUAUAUCAAGUUUCAAAAGUCGCCCGGUAUGGAUUAUUUAACGUAUUCGUUUCCGUGUCAAAAAGGAAGCGAUACUUCAGAUUUUGAGGAUACUGGAGCUGAAAUGUCCAAAGGUGUGUUUUGUAGAAUACUCAUGCAGCGUUUACAGAACAUGGAACCAGCGAUUAUCAGAGAAAAUCAACAUUGGACGCUGUUGCACAUGUUGAUUACUCUUCAAGGACAAUUGGGUUUGUUUACUGAGCCUGUUCUGCAAGGCACAAUUGGAAAAUUUAAAGGGAAAUUUUUAACUACUGUAUUUUCCGCACCGGAGAUAAAUGAAAGUCUGACGUUUUCUUUGUUGUUAUCGUAUCCAAAGGAUAAAGCGUUUAAGAUUAUAAACGAUGCGAUGAAACUUUACAGAAUGAAUUUUACGAAAUUUGAGGCAAUUGUCAAGUUAGGCAUGCGUUUGACUAAUUUCUAUAAAACAACUGAUUAUUAUGCGCAAUAUAUGCUGGGGAUUAAAUGGAGGAAAGCUUUGACAGCGUGUACACUACCAUUAAAAACGUUUUUCUUGACUUUGGCGAAAAAUGCUCUGUUGGAACCAUUAAUUACACAAAAUGAGAUCACAUUGGAACAAAUCACAAGCUUUUGUAAGGAUUUCAAGCUGAAUGCACAAGAUUACUACAUACAAUAUUUAAAUCAUCUUAUUGCAACAUGGCAGCCUAAGUAUGAAGUGCGCGUGGAUCCAAUUGGUAAUCGCACGCUUUUUAUUCAAAAUGAUGAAGAAGAUUUAACAUCAAAGUGUUUGAAAGUUGUGCCAUUGAUUAAUAAUCGUGAUGCUGUACUUAAAUGCGUUGAUACUCUGUGGAACACAACAAAUUUCUAUCAUUAUGAAGUCUUUAUAGCAAUUUUAAGCAUUGCGGCCAUUUUGAAUGAUGCACGACAUUAUCAUUUUCGUGUUGCAUUGCUAUUUUUAAAAGAUUAUCAGCGUACAAGUAAACCAAGCGCGGUGGAAACUGAUGAAUGGUGUGCCAGGUUUCUACAUAAACCACUUGAUGCUAUUUCAGAGUGGAGGUUUCCUUUUUCACCGAUGUUGUUUACACCAGAUUUAUGGAAAAUAUUAAGGAAUGAAAUUAAUCUCAGCAAUUAUGAGAAGUGGUUUAAGUUGGCUGAUGAAGUCUUAAAGCAUCUCAAUCGUAAUGAAAUUUGUUCGAUUGUUGUAAAAUGUGUGGAGUUGGUUAGUAAUGAUCAAAUCGCCCCUGGAAAUUAUAAUUUGCAGCCAAUGUUUGAAGAUAUCUUUGUUGAAAUCGACAAGUGUUUGGCGCACAUUACUGAUCCUGAAUUGGCAGCGUCCAUGGCCUUCCAUUUGAUAUCUAAACCCCCAGAGGGUGCUGAUAGGGUCAACGCUUCUAAGUUGGCUUAUAAAUACGCGAAAAUAUGCAAGGAUUCUGGAGUGAACAGUUCGAAUUAUUAUCAGAUUCAAAAGGGAUUUUAUACAUAUUCAUCUAAACAUAUUUUGCACGUACAUAAUCUUGACGCAGAAAAAUAUUUAGCGUUGUUGGAUAGUCCUAGUGAUUUGAUAAAUGCGUUAUACAAGGAUGAAAGGAUUAUAAAUCGAAGUAAUGCAUGUUUAUCGCAAUGUCCAAAUAUUAAUAAAGCUACAGAUGAGAUCGGAGCAUUGUUCCAGAUCGACAUGCGUUCAAAACGGAUUGAAUUGCUUAAUAUGUGGCUCAACAGUCCAAACACACUAUUAGAAGAUGUAGAUCAAAGUAUUUGCUUAAUGCCGGAUAUGAACGAUGCUUGCGAACAAAAUUUUGAAUGUAUCUUAAGAGCUGCAUAUCUUUGCACUGGUGAUGAUGUAAGCUUCUGGUGCGAUCAUCUCCAGCAGAUGUUUGAAAACACAGCAGAGUUUCUCGUCCAAGGUCGCGUUCUGAAGACUCUUUGUAUGAUUGCCUCGCCAGAGGAGUUAAACGAACGCUUUGAUUGUCCAUAUGAAUCUAUUUUGCAAACAAUUGAUAAAUUCUUCGUUGUGCACGAUCUGCGUUCUCUUGGGAUAAUGGUGGAUAUUGAACAGUUUUCUAAUAUUAGCAAGAGUCGGCUGUUGUAUAAACUUGGCAAGAAACUCUCCGAUUCGAUUAGUAUUAAAGUAAUGACUGCCGUUUGCGAUAUUUACAAGAUUUACGAUUUAAGUGUAUGGGAGAAAGUCAUUCCGGGCAUGAUAAAGUUGAAUAUGAUCAACGAACUGAAGAAAUGUCUGACAAUGUUUAUGAAGGAGAAUAUUAUGCUCUGCAGUGUGGUGUAUUUUAAUGCAUGGCAGGCUGUUGUUGACAAUACUUUUGCUUCUCUGGAAACUACUGAACAAGAUUUUGAUACAGCUUUGAUGGAUUUGGUGCAUUUUGUUCAGUCUUCACCUGUGUUGAACCAGCUUGAUCUAAGCAAAGGGUUGAAAAUAUGCAUGAUUCGAAAGAAGUAUGCGUUUGCAUUGUUGUUUUUGCAAUACGUGCCCGCUGCAGUUCGUGAUGAAAAGCUUGCUGAGCUUCUUCGACGCAAUACUAAGCAGGAUUUAUUAGCAUCCUUGGAAAAACUCCGCUAUAGAGGUGUUAUUGGAUUGCAAUUCGUAUCGGAAAUGGUUCAGCAGAGUCCCUAAUACUUUGUUUAUCAAUUGUUUUAUUACUGGAUAUGGAUAUUUGGUUGGUGACAUCAAGACAGACGUCAAUCUGAAAUUAUUUUCAACGUAAUCAAAAUUUCCAGUUACAAGCGGCUAAUAAUCAACGUUUAUUAAUUUGCUCAUAAAUUUAAUUAGCCGUUUGAUCAAUUCGCAUUCCAAAUUAUUAUUACAGAAUUAGAAUCUCAGUGUAAUUGAUUGAUAAUUUAGGAUUACUAUUCUCUAUUUUAAGUGAUGUUUAUCCCUUCGAAUGUUAUCGGGAAAAGGUCAGUGAUAAAAAAGAUUGUCAACGCACUUUCGUUAUCGCCUGUACGUUUCCUUCACGUUUUGGUCAUACGCAAAAGGCGGGGACAAACAAAUAAAUAAACUUGUUGGCGUCAGCAGUG